AUGGGUAAAGGCAGCAAGUCCAAAAAAAUCGUAGAAGAGUCUGAGUCUGAGGUUUAUCACGUCGGUAUGCAGCCACCCAGCCCUGCCUUGGAUCCUACCUCAUACGUCUUAGAGGUCAUUACAAAGGCCCGUGUUGUUGUUGACAGCGCAGACGAAAGUAGCGACCAGGAAGGCGACCGAUCAUCCAGCAGAAGGAAGAAGAGGAAAAGGAAGAAAGAGAAAGAGAAAGAGAAAGAGAAGAAAAGUGAAGCGAGAUGGGAAUACUACGUCAAGUGGGCCGGGUACGAUUCGGAAGCCAACAGCUGGGAACCUCAAGAAAAUCUUGAAACUUGCGUCAGACUUUUGGGCAGUUUUUGGGAACAUGUCGGUAUGGAUAACCAAGACUAUCCAGUGGGAUACGAGGCGGUCGCGAAGGACCACUGGAUCAGUUGA